UUUUUUAAGAAAAAUUUGUCACCUUCCAAGAGAUUGCCCAAAUUUUAUAAAUUCUCCUCCUCUUCUUACCCCAGUGUUCAAAUUUGUCCAACAUUGUCCUGUUCUCCCAAACUCUCAAAUGAGUUCUAAAAAAGGUAUUUUCUGACAAUUUUUCCACAUAAAAUUCUUUUAUGCUUUUAACAUAAUCAACAUUCCGUCACAAAGAGCAAUAAGAGCGAAGCCAAAAUACAGUAGAGCUGCAAAGACCCAUGGAUUACCUGAACUUUGUGCUGUGGUUUGCAUUAGCAUGCAUUACAAUCCACCUUCUCCUCACAAUUGCAAACAAAGGCAGUGAAAAAACCCGAAAGAAUCUUCCACCAGGUCCUCCUUCUUUACCCGUCAUAGGGAAUCUCUUUAACCUCGGCACCAAGCCACAUAUAUCCUUGACUGAACUUGCCAAAAAAUAUGGCCCUCUCAUGACUCUGCAGCUCGGCUGUUUGCCAACAGUGAUCAUUUCUUCAGGAGCCGUGGCCAAAGAAGCACUUCAAAAGAAUGAUAUUUCCUUCUCCAACCGGAUGAUCCUUGAUGGUGUCCGUGCACUUGGUCAUCAUGAGAAAUCAGUAGUCUGGUUACCAGUAGGAUCAUCUCAAUGGAGAACCCUACGAAAAAUCUGCAACUCACAUGUUUUCUCUUCCAGUAGACUCGAUGCCAGCCAAAGCCUUCGGAGAAAUAAGGUGAAAGACCUUCUGUUGUAUGUAGAGAAAUGUAGCCAAGCUGGUGUAGCAGUGGAUAUCUGUCAAGUAGCCUUCACCACUUCCUUGAAUUUGUUAUCAAGUACCUUUUUUUCAGUGGAUUUGGGUGAUCCCAGCUCUCAGUUUGCUCGUGAAUUCAAAAGGACUUCAAGAGAUAUCACAGAAGAAAUAGGGAAACCCAACAUUGCAGAUUAUUUCCCUAUACUUCAAAGAAUAGACCCACAAGGCAUCAGGCGUCGUACGAGUGUUCAUUUUGGGAAGAUAAUGAGUUUAUUCAAAACCAUGAUCGAGCAACGACUGCAGAGAAAGAAGCAAGCAGGCUCAAUACAAGGCAAUGAUGUUCUGGAUUCAUUGCUAGGCAUCAAUCAGGAGAAGUCUAAGGAAAUCGAAUCAUUAAAUAUCCCAAACCUAUUACUGGAUCUAUUUGCUGGUGGAACCGAUACAACAUCGAGUACCCUUGAAUGGGCUAUGGCAGAGUUACUACACAAUCCUGACAAGCUAAAGAAAGUAAAAGCAGAGCUCUAUGAGAACAUCGGACAAGGAAACCUGGUAGAGGAACCAGAUAUCUCCCGACUCCCAUACUUGCAAGCAGUUAUCAAAGAGACCUUCAGACUACACCCAGCUGUGCCCUUUUUGAUUCCCAGAAAAGUUGAUUCAGAUGUGAAGCUCUCGGGCUUUACAGUACCGAAAAAAGCACAAGUCUUGAUCAACGUAUGGGCGAUUGGGAGGGAUCCAGAUGUGUGGAAGAACCCGAAUUCGUUUGAGCCAGAAAGAUUUAUGGGAUCACACAUUGAUUUAAAGGGUCAUGAUUUUGAGCUGAUUCCAUUUGGUGCUGGCCGUCGAAUCUGUCCUGGACUGCCAUUGGCGAUUCGAAUGCUUCAUCUGAUGUUGGGGUCACUGAUACAUGGAUUUGAUUGGAAGCUGGAAGGCGGAAUUACACCAGAGAAGAUAGAUAUGGAAGAGAAAUUUGGAAUCAGCCUGCAGAAAGCUCAGCGACUUCAUGCUAUUCCAGUACAUGUCUGAAUAUUACCAUAUCAUACCAUUUACUCCAGUAGGGGGUAAUAAGGUGUAUGCAAGUUAUGCAACCAUAGAACUUAACACAGUAAAGAGGUUAUUAUUGUUAGACCUAUCUUCUAUAGUAACUAGAGUCAGUAUCAUAGUAUUAUAGUCUUGAACUCUUGAAUACAGAAGGAGAUUUUUAUUUUCCCAA